UCAGCUCAUCUGUCAUUUUAUUACUGAACCAGUGCUGAAGAGCUUGUCUUUUCCUAUUUGUGGAUUAAAACUGCUGAAGAUGUUUAACAGAUUUUGGUUCUGUUUGUGUUUGUGGCAACUGGUAGGUGUGUUUGCUGGUUCAGAUGCAGUGCAGUCAGUGUCAGUGAUGGAGGGAGAUUCAGCCACUCUACAGAUUCAUGUUACUGAAAUGCAGACCGAUGAUGAGAUACGGUGGAGGUUUGGAACUAACAGGAAUCUUAUAGCUAAAAUGAAUGGAGUGACCAAUACGAUCCUUGAUGGUCCUGAUGGGAGAUUCAGAGACAGACUGAAGCUGAAUCAGACUGGAUCUCUGACCAUCACAAACACCACAACCACAGACUCUGGACUUUAUGAAGUUGAGAUCAGCAGCAGCAGCUCAGAGGAUAAAUACAGAUUCCAUGUUACCAUCUUUGACCCACAGACUCCUUCACAUCCUCCUUUAGGGUUUACUUCACAUCCUCCAGUCUUACCACUGAUAAUAGUGCUGAUCUCUGCUGCUGCUGCUGGAUCUCUGGUGAUUGUGGCUGUAAUUGUGAAGUUUUGUAUCUGCAGGAAACACAGAGACGCAGUUCAUGAAGACGAGACUCAAGCUGCUGCAAAACUCUACAAACACACUGAACUGAUGACGGUGAGAGAAUCUGACGUGACGGAGGUGAUUUACACAUAACUGCUCAUCAUAACUGCAUCUGCAUCAUAUACAAUAUACAAUUGUAUAUAUUUGUUUUGUCAGUAUAUUUUCAAGUUAUUUUUGUUUGGAUGAAUGAUAAAUGAAUGAUAAAUACUUUGCUUACACUGGAUUACUUAGUAUAUAUCAUUUUUUUCUGUUUGUCUGCUUU